AUGAAAUUAUCGCUGCUUACGACUAUAACUCUUAUACAUCUUUUCCACAUUCAUUUUGUGUGUUCAAAGGCAAUUAUAGCUAAAAACAAUGAAACGGAAUCUGUGUCUUUUUUGGCCAGAUCACAUAAAACAUCGAAGAAACCUAAAAAUUGGUUACACAAGGGCCUGUCCCGUAAGGUUAACAAGGAAAAGGGCCUAAAGAAAAACAAAACAUUAUUUAAAAAGAAGGAGAAUAAACACAAUAACAAACCAAGCAACAAUGGUAAUAAAUCAAAAAAAAAGAGACGGGGGUUAUUCGGAAGAAAAAAAUCGAAAUCAUUCAAAAAUAAAAAAUCCAAAAUAGAUGGAAAACAUGAAGCUGAUGAUGUUAAGGAUAAUGUUUCGUUGAAUUUGAGCAGUGCAGAUCACAAAUACUCAAAUCAUUCACAUGACGACUCUAACCAUGAUUACAAACGUGAUGAUUCAGAUCGUGAUUACAAGCAUGAUGAUUCAGAUCAUGAUUACAAACGUGAUGAUUCAGAUCAUGAUUACAAACGUGAUGGUUCAAAUCAUAAUUAUAAACAUGAUGAUUCCGAUCAUGAUUAUAAACGUGAUGACUCUGAUCAUGAUUAUAAACAUGAUAGUGAUAGUGAAAGUACCAACAACAGAGAAAAGAAUGACAGUUACUAUGCUUCAAAUAAUGAAAUAAACAGUGAACCCCCUGAAUUUAAACAACCGAAACGUGUUAUUAUUGAUAAAUUGGAAAAACAAUUGCUAAAAGUCAUAGAAACAAUUGCAAAUGCCAGAUGA